AACACGGGAUUGCCGACAACAAUUGGUGAUAUCUGUUAUUGUUACUAGGUAGUACAAUUUGUUUGUUUACAUUUUGAAGUUUAUCGUGAGUCACCGUUUUCUGUUUACAAUUUGUGGGAUUUGAUAUUUUCGUUUUGAAUAAUCAAGAUGUUGAAGACUCUAAUAAACAGCUCGACGAAAAGAGUAAUGUAUAACAAUCAUCGUUACUUAUGGAAAUGGGUAGAAGAUACCUUUAACCGAGUGGAAGAAGAUCGUAUAAAAGAAAUUGGACCAAACAUGGCAUGUGCUGAAUGGUUAAUGAAAAAUGGCGCACAGAUUAGAUGGAAAGGUUGCAAGGAAUUUGUUAAUCACUACAAUUGUUUACCCGCAGCUACAAAUGGAUCUCUGCAACAGUUUAAAAUCGAACAAGUCUAUGCUGGAAAAGAAGCUUCUAUAUCACAUGUUGGGUUUAAUUACUUUAAAGGUUGUAAACAUAUUUCUACUGUAUCAUUUGUUGGAUGUAACACAAUAGAAAACAAAGCAUUGAGUAACUUGAAUUUAUUAGCCGAGUGUUUAGAACAUUUGGAAGUAAUUGGUUGUGUAAAUGUUACUGACAAUGGAAUACUGGCAUUAAAAGAUCUACAGGCAUUAAAAACAUUGGUAUUAAAAAAUCUACAAUAUUUUACGAAAACUGAAGUUAUUAGUCAACUCAAAGAUGCAUUGCCGAAUUGCAAAAUCAAACAUGACAAAUAAAUGUUUGAAUAUAGUUAACCUAUUAGGUAUAAAUUUAAGUUAGUCAGUAAUUUAUUAUGAACAAUUAAUUUAUCACCAGGUAUUUGUAAAAUAUAUGAAAUAUAAUGUGUUAUUAUUUUACUAAAUUGAUAAAUAAAUGUUAUUGUUGUUUACCGAAA